AUGAUAGUGGUGCUUGCAACAGGAGAGAAUCACUUGAGGGCAGCAUGGCGAAUAUGCCUAGGCUUGGGUGCCGUCCCACCCCUGAGCUUGUUGUAUCUGCGCGUCAAGCUCAAGGAUCCGGAGCAGUUUCGUCGCAACAAGAUGCACAGAUUCCCUAUUUGCUUGAUCGUCAAAUUCUAUUGGCGACGUUUGUUAGCUAUCUCGAUCAUCUGGUUCGUCUAUAACUUCUCCGCAUACUCUUUCGGCAUCUUUGCCUCUUCCUGGCUUGUCUUCAUUCUGCCAACCGAUGCACCUCUAUGGAAGUCAUUCGGUAUGGCCACAGCCAUCAACAGCUUCUGGCUACCAGGUGCCUUUUUUGGUGCCUUCCUCUCUGAUUGGAUUGGACCUCGAUUAGGUCUCGUGAUCGGAGUGACUUUGCAAGGCAUCGUGGGCUUCGCCAUGACCGGCGCUUAUGGCGAGCUCAAUCAGCCUUCUCGUGUCGCCGGUUUCAUCAUACUGACUGGCCUCUUUAUGGCUUUGGGUGAAGUCGGUCCUGGUGCAAACAUCGGUCUUCUUGCCUCAAAACUCUCUUCAACACCUAUUCGUGGUCAAUUUUAUGGCAUUGCAGCAGCUGCCGGAAAAGUGGGAGCCUUUGUCGGUACAUAUGUCUUCCCUCUUCUGAUUGAUGUAGCUGGAGACGAUGCAACUAAGCAAGGGCAAUAUCCGUUCUGGGUCAGCAGCAGUCUAUGUAUCUUCAGUGCUUGUGUGGCCUAUUUUGGCAUGCCGCACGUAGGACAAGACAUGGUAGAGGAAGAGGAUGAAAGGUUCAAGCAAUAUCUCGAGCAACAUGCUUAUGACACCAGUGUUAUGGGGGUUAAAAGAGGUGAGGAGCAGGAGAUCGAGUCAAUGAAAUAG